AUGGCGCGUAUCGCGACCGUCUUUGGCGCAACCGGAAAACAGGGGUCCUCCGUCGUGCGGGCCCUGCUUGCGGACGGCACCUUUACCCCUCGCGGUGUCACGCGAGACGUCAACUUUCCCGCCGCACGUAGGGUCGCCGAGCAGGGCUGCGAGGUCGUCCAGGUCGACAUGUGGGACAAGGAGGCUGUCGAGAGAGCUGUUGCUGGUGCCGAGGCCGUGUUUGCGCGUUCACCUACCAUUCCAUUCACCGCCCUCUCCGAGCUUGACCAAGGCAUCAGUAAAAUCAAUGCAAGCAAGGCGGCCGGUAGAAAGCCGAAGUCCACAGAUACCUCGAAUCUUCCGGCCUUCCCUAUGCGUGUAUCGCCACGGGCAACUUCCUCGAGAACGUUCUUGCAAGGGAAGCCCGACAUGGUCCUCCCCUGGACAUGGAUCGACCGCGACAUGGGGCCCGCCGUGACGGCGCUCAUGAAGCAGUACGACGCACGCUCGCCCGAGAUCAUUGGCCAGACCUUCGUGCUCGCUUACGUCGCCCAGUACGCGUUUUCAAGCGAGUUCGAGUGGUACCCGGGUGUAGAAAUUCCCGAUCCCCGCCUCGCAAAACUCGGAGUCGAGGUCGGCUCAAUCGAGGAGUUCGCGUGCACAACGCUGAAAGCUUAUGUUCAGGCGUGA